AUGAGUGAGAGAAAGUCGCCGUUCCUUUCGUUAUUCCGACGCAAGAAGCGAGUCACCGAGGACGUGCCCCAAACGGGAUCUCUGUCGCCGGUCCGACAAAGUGUGAGUUUUAUGGGCCCAAGCUUAAUUCUGGAAAGCCGGAAAGAAGCACAUUGACAUGUGACUCAGUGUUUGUGUGUGUGUGUUGUCACGCCAAACACCACCCCCAAUAUCCUUGAGCGUGAUGCCCCUUGGGAUCAGCCUCCUGAAAGACAUAGAGGUUUUUAACAAGUGCCGCGCCGCCGCCGGCCGGGAGGGCCCCUGCUUUACACCCCACUUGUUGCCAUUUUUCCUUUCAUCUUUCAUAACACAACAUUGUUUUAUGUUGUUUUACAUACAUACUCCCGUUGGUGGCGUCUAGUUCUCGUUUAUCUGUCAAGUAGAGCUCAGCUCUCACCGCUCUUUGUAAACAUUGUAAACAACUUUGCACUUUUAUAGACAAAAACCUGCCCCCGCUUUUUUUCAGGACAAAGAAAAAACUGGAAAGGAAAACAAAGGUAUUGUGAACAGCAAUACGAUGCCCGCUGAUAUGGACGGUGGCAAGAAGAAUAAGAAGGUGAAGCCACAAAAAGGAAAGGAUUUCGGAAAGGUAAUCACGAACCGAACCAGACACUGUCAUGGGACGGACCGGGUUGAUGAUGCUGAAUUAUAGUGGGUUAGGGUCAUUCAAACAGCUCUGCUAGCCUUAGAAAUUAUUUUGAGACCCAUGUCCAAGAGGAUUUUGUCUUACCAGUUGGAUUUAGCGCUUAUUAAUUUAAAAUUCGAUAUUUUCAAAAUUCGUUCACUACGCCUUUCCAACUCUGUUUUUUGGUGUUUUUACCGCGAAAAGGAUGACCGAAUAAGCCCAUCAAGACCCGGAUCAGCAAUUCUCACAGUUCGGUCUCUGAAUUUGACAGUUUUAUACCAAACAGCUAAUCAUUAUCGUUUUUUUUCAGUCAUUCUCUAUGGAUGUGCUUCUGGAGGACGAAGCAGCCGUUCUCGUAGAGGCCCUUGAAGCAAUCGGAGAUGAGAAGCCAAUUGUGGCGCGGAGCAUUCCAAAACACGCAAGAAUCGUCAAGAAAGAAGACACAUCGAUGAAAAAUUGCCUCUUCGAAAAAGAGGUACGUCUUGGUCCUCGAUUUGAUCUUGCAAAUCCUGGACACUUGUCGAUCAUAAAAAAUGUACUAAACGUUUUUUUUACAUUUAUAGGUGUACGACACGAUGCUCAGCGACUCGUUGCGAGUGUGCGAAAUGCUCCAAUCGCACCUCGAUGAUUGCAUCGUUUCGGUGCGCGCCAAAAGUCCGGAGCCGACCUCGUCGUACUCGUUGGACGGAAGGGACUCGGGACGUGGAGCCUCUUCACCGUCCUCCACAAUGUCGUCAACCACGAGCCCGGGAAUUCGUAGAGCUCCCAAGGAAACCCAUAUGUAG